GCGGUCCCUGGUCGGAGCAUGUUUACGGAAGAAGUGCGUUUAAAAUCUAACGCAAUUGAAUGUUUCUGACGUAAGAGUCAAGUUAACGCGAUUAGACGUUUGAGCAACUUUGAUUUAAUGUUGUGAUUCUGGAAAAUGUUCCCACGUCGCUUUGCGUGGGGGGCGGCCACCGCUGCGUAUCAAAUCGAAGGUGGGUGGCAGGCCGACGGCAAGGGACCGAGUAUCUGGGACACGUUUUGUCACAAGGAAGGCGGAGUGUUCCAGGAGCAGCACGGAGACGUGGCGUGUAACAGCUACGAGCUGUGGGACAAAGACCUGGAGUGCAUCCAGCAGCUCGGACUGACACACUAUCGCCUGUCCCUCUCCUGGGCCCGCCUCCUGCCCGACGGGACCACCAGGCAUGUCAAUCAAAAAGGUGUACAGUACUACAACAAGGUGAUUGAUGACCUGCUGGCCUGUGACGUGUCUCCCAUGGUCACACUUUACCACUUUGACCUGCCUCAAGCUCUCCAAGACCAGGGGGGCUGGAAAUCAGCGGGUGUGGCGGCCAUCUUUGACAGCUACGCCAAGUUCUGUUUCCAGACAUUUGGGGACCGUGUCAAACUCUGGAUCACCAUCAACGAGCCGAGCGUGUGCGCCAAGCUGGGCCACGAAGACGGCGUCCAUGCUCCAGGGUUGAAAGAGCAGGGGACCGCUGCCUACCUGGUCGGCCAUAACAUGCUGCGCGCCCACGCCAUGGCCUGGCACAGCUACGACUCCCUCUAUAGGCCCGAGCAGAAGGGUGCAGUGUCCCUGGCCAUCAACAGCGAUUGGCUCGAGCCGCUCCGCCCUGGCUGCGAGGAGGAUGAGGCUGCUACUGGACGAGCUCUUGCGUUUACGCUAGGAUGGUUCGCCUGGCCUCUGUUUGUCACCGGAGAUUAUCCAGAAAUAAUGAGAUCUGCCAUCGACUCUCAGAGUGAGAAGCUGGGAUACAGUGGCAGCUCAAGGCUGCCCAGGUUCUCAGAGGACGAACCGGCCAUUUUAGGCACCGCAGACUUCUUUGCGUUGAACUACUACACGUCCCGUAAAGUCACGGCUGGAGGAGGUCGUGGACAGAUGUGUAUGAAGAGCGACCGAGAUGUAGAAGAGGUUUUGGAUCCAUCUUGGUUUAUCUGUGGGGUCUCCUGGCUGGCUGUGGUGCCCGGUGGCUUAAGGAAACUUCUUAAAUACAUUAAGGACACGUUCGGCAGCCCAGCGGUCUACAUCACGGAGAAUGGCUUCUCUCAGGUGGGGCCGGUGCAAAUCGAGGACGUCCGGCGCUGCGAGCUUUUUAAGGACACCAUCUUGGAAGUGGCUAAAGCUGUAGAGGAAGACGAGGUCGACGUGCGUGGAUACUUUGCAUGGUCGCUGCUGGACAACUUCGAAUGGGCCGACGGAUUCAGCGUCCGCUUUGGAUUGUUUCACGUGGACUUCUCCGACACAGGGCUGAGGCGAACCGCGUACCGGUCCGGACGGGAGUACGGCGAGAUCAUCAGGAAACACAAGAGAGCGACUGAUGUGCAAUGACUGAAGAUCUUACACAACCUUAAUAAACAAGCAGUGUUUGCAAAGUUA